UCGUCUUAUCACGGGGCCUCAUGGAGCGCCUGACUGCGAAUUCCGCCCCACUGAGCGAUCGUUAUGAUGACAUUGCCGAGAAUGACUGCUGAGGUGAUGCUGUGCUCGGCCACGCAAUCAUGAACAAGACCGGCGAGCAUUUGCAGGCACUGUCCCCCACGUUUGCCGGAGACGAGCUUGUUGGCUUGAAAGUAGACAAGGAGAUAUGGUGCAUACCUCUACUCGCACUUCAUAGAGUAUCACCGGAACAGAUGUCCUCGCUUUGGGAAUGGGAGCGAACGAGGCCUUACAAUCAGGUUCGUAAAGUUACGGUCCCCCUUUGCAUGCCGUCGCUGAUAAGCAGUAACAGUAUCCCUUCACCCACUCCACGAUCGCCGACUAUACCUUUUCCCGCAUCGAAGAAUCAUCGAUAAAGACGACGUGGGACAACUAUGCUGCUGAUGCCCAACCAGAAGGCUCUCCUGUACAUGUUUCUAUUUAUGCAUGUGGUUCGGCCUGUUUGUCAGAUCCUGAAUGCCUGCAAUAUUGUUAUUUUGGGGGAGUCUGCAAACUUGGAAGUUUUUUUUCCAAAUGUGAAGACCGGAAAACCGUGUUGAUGCUACGUCUGGUUGGGAUAUAACAAAGAUGGCCAGGUUAGGAUAUCAGAAAGAUCCGACUAAGAGCAGCUCUUGCAAGCAGGCUAAUUGGAUCAAACCGCUUAUUCGAUAACAAAUUAAAUACUGGGCACAA